CUCGUGUGGGGAGCCCCGCGUAUCCAAUGCAGCGCCAAAAGCAAAACAGUCGCAACUUUGACUUGUUGACGGUUGGUUCUCCUCGCGAUUCUGGGGCUGCGUCGAUUUGCAGAGCGUUUGGCGCGAGUGCGAAACAUUUCAAACAUUGCCAUUGCCCCUUUGCGUGAGAGAGCUGCCCGAGAAAUGUUGGACGCACUGCACCAAGGUGGGCCGGGCCCCUAGAGAAAUUUAAAUAGAUAUCAAUAAAUAAUUAAAUGAUAAAUAACUAAAUGAUAGCGCGAGUAAUUUGGGCAUAAGCCAGAGCAAGCAAAAACGCGGAGUGGAGAAUGCCGAUGAAGAAGGUGACGGUGAAGGAGUACGACUCGCAGGAUGAGGCCAGCACCGAGCUGCUGGAGAAGCUCAAGCACCUGGACCGCCGUGUGGAUGCCGCCGAGGGCGGGGGCGUGGCCAAGGGAGCGGGCGGCGGCGGCGGCCGGCGGAGGAGCACCGCCUGCUGGCAGUCGGUGAAGUGGAAGUCGGCGCUCAAUCACAUCGGACUGCUCGUCUCCCUGUCCAUUUACUGCGGCGUGGGCGGAUUGAUAUUUCGGCACUUGGAACGUCCUGCGGAGGUGGAGCGCCUUUCGCAUCUGAAGGAUGUGGUGAAGAGCCACAGAGAGCGCUUCCUGCACACCAUACUGAACAACACCGAGGUGCACAAUCUCGACGAGCUGUUGUCCUUCGAGCUGGCCAAAUAUGAAGCGGCCGUUCAACUGGCGGCCGAGGGAGGGCUACUCAUCGUGGCCGACAAAGACUUUCCAGAGCCCUACGAGCGAUGGAGCAUCCUGCAAGCUGUGUUCUUCUCAUCGACUGUGUUAACCACCAUAGGCUAUGGCAAUAUUGUGCCAGUGACGACCGGUGGUCGGGUAUUUUGCAUUUGUUUCGCUCUCAUCGGCAUCCCCUUCACCCUCACCGUGAUCGCCGAUUGGGGUCGACUGUUUGCUACCGCAGUCUCUGUGUUUGGCAAACACAUGCCCACCAAACCAAAGUUUACCAAUUUUAUUGGCAAAACCUGGUUCUAUGCCAUUCUGGCCGUCGGAUUUCUGGGCGUUUACCUGGCCGCCGGAGCUGGUCUUCUCCUGCUGUGGGAAGAUGAUUGGACCUUCUUCGAUGGUUUCUACUUUUGUUUCAUCACCAUGACAACCAUCGGAUUCGGUGACUUGGUGCCAAAGAAACCCAACUACAUGCUGCUGUGCACAUUGUACAUCCUCAUUGGCCUCGCCUUGACAUCGACCAUCAUUGAGCUGGUGCGGCGCCAAUAUGCCACCAGUUGGGCCAAGCUGCAGGAGCUAUCUGGUCCCAUGGCGGAGACUCUACGUCGCCUGGGCGAAACAGCGGGCACAGGACUCGAUUACACAGCCCUGCAGAAGGUCCUUACGGUGUCCAUGCCCAAGUGGAAUAGCAAGAAGAAUGACCACAGUCCAGACAUUGCCGCCCUGGAAGCCAUCACGAAUGCCAUUUUGAAGGAGGUGAAGGAGGCGCAGAACAACAAGCCGAAGGUCCUGCAGAUCGUCAUCUACGAGUCAUCCGUUUGAAGUGGGAAUUUGGAGCUUGAAUCACAAAAAUCUAGGCAAACAUCGAGAGCUUCCAUCGAUGAAAAGUGCUGCAUAGUUUUGGGCGAGCAAAAGAGCAAAAAAGCAAAAAAGCGAAAAAGCCACAAAUAUCAAGUGAAAUAUCAAAUGUAG